AUGGCAUCUUCUUCAACUAACAAUCAACAAGACUCUAACGAUGCCGUCGUUCAAGAUCAAUUCAGUGAUUGGACCCGUAGGCUUCGUAUGCUCACUGGAUUAGGUCUUCAAAAUGAUGAAGAACGUCGGGCUUUUCUCAUAUCACGAUGUGAGAGCUGGCGAGAUAAUUUGAUAGAAACAAGUCCAGUAAUCCGAUUUAUGCUACAACAUAUCUCUGUUAUUCCUCCAAGACCAGGAUCUCAAUCUCAAAAUAAUCGACUUCCAAUUCCAAUCAGAUGUGAACCUUGUGCACCAGUCUUGGCUGGUGGUCAAUUUUCUCCUGCUGAAGGAGGUCAAAUUCGAUUAUGCUCAGAUAGACUUUCUUCCCGUCAACAUGCUUCGGAUGUUCUUACUCAUGAACUUAUACACGCUUGGGAUGAUCGUCAUUUUGGUAUAGAUUGGUCUAACGCACGUCACAUUGCCUGCACUGAAAUUCGAGCAAAUGCUCUUUCUGGUGAUUGUCGUUGGACACGAGAACUUGAUCGUCAUAUAUGGUCCUUUGCAGCACAACGUCAGAAUUGCGCACGAAGACGAGCAGCCUUAUCACUUAGUCAACAUUCCUCUUUACGUGAACGAUUUGGGAAUGAUACAGAAGCUGCACGUCAGGCUGCUGAUAGAGUAGUUGAUGAAGUUUGGGAAAGUUGUUGGAAUGAUACUAGACCUUUUGAUGAAAUAUAUUGA